GUUUUCAAGUUUGUCUGACGCUUUAAACGCGCAUCCGACAUCGCGAGUAGCCUGAGCUCGCAGAGCAGCCCGGCCGGGCCUCAAGGAUGGGGCAAGGAUGCAGCGGCAAGUUUGUGGACAUGGUAACGGAGGACGAAGUGCGAGCCGCAGUCCAGGCUAUCACAGACUGGGAAGACGCCCAAAAAGCCUCCCAAAAGACCACACAGGCUCUGAAGACGGUCCGCAAGGACAGCUUCAAAAAGGCCACCAACGACCUCAACCACGCUGGCGGCAUUGUGGAGCGGCUGGGCGGAGCGGACCGCGUGCAUGACGUCAUUCAGGCGUUUUAUCGCAAGUUGUUCCAGAAUGCCAUGGUGCGGCACUACUUCGAGAACCUGUCCAGCGACCGCAUGCGGUCCAAACAGAUGAAGUUCAUGCGCUACAUCAUGGGCGGACCCGGCACCUACACCGGUAACCUGAGGUGCAUUCACGCACAGAUGGUGAAGGAGGAGGGGCUGGACAAAGCCAAGUUCCAGGUGGUGAUCGGGAUGCUGCUGGAUACGUUCAAGGAGCUCAACGUGCCGCAGGACGUGGUGUCUGAGAUACUGGGCCACGUGGAGUCGGCCAAGUCCGCCAUCUUCACGCCGCAGCCCGACGAGCUGGUCACGCCCGAGGAGCUUGUGGCGGCGGCCGCCGACCUGGGCCGCAGCUGCCCGCUGGUGGCGAAGCUGGGCGGUCCGGAGCCGGUGCAGGGCAUCAUCACCGCCUUCUACCGGCGCCUGUUCAGCAGCGAGGAGCUCAAGUACUUCUUCGUGGGGCUGUCCACCGAGCGCCUGCGCACCAUGCAGUUCCGCUUCAUGCGCUACCUGCUGGCGGGUCCGGGCUGGUACGCCACCACAGGCGGCAACAUGCGCUGUGUGCACGCGCGCAUGAUUGCGGAGGGCGGUCUGGACCUGCCCAAGUUCCAGGCGGUGACGGGCAUGCUGCGGGCCGCAUGCGACGAGCACCUGGUGUCGCCGCCGCUCAUUCGGGAGAUCAUGCUCAACGUCAAGGCCGCUGAGCAGGCUAUCUUCACGCCCGGCCCGGACGAGCUGAUGAGCCGCGAGGAGUUCGAGGCCGAGCUCGCGGCACUCGAGUCCGAGGAGGCGGCGCGAUUGGCGGAACAUAAGGAAAGCGGCGGCGGCGGCGGCCUGCCCGGCCAGCCGCAGGAGCAGGACGGGGAGCAGCGCGGCCCUCCCACGGGUCUGGUGCGGCGUGUGGGCGGCCCAGAGGCGGCGUACGAGCUGGUUCGGCGGCUGUAUUCGCGGCUGUUCGCGGACGAGGUGCUCAAGGGCUUCUUCGCCGGCCUAAGCGUGGAGCGACUCAAGACCAAGCAGCUGCGCUUCAUGCGCUACCUGCUGGGUGGCCCGCCCGCUUACGCUGCGGCCACUGGCGGCGCCAACCUGCGCUGCCCACACCUCAAGCUCAUGGUGAAGCAGCCGGCGGCGGCGGCGGCGGCGGGCGCCGACGACGACCUGCACAGGAGCAGCACCGGCGGCACCGAGGAGGGCGGCGGCGGCGGGGCCUCCACGGCCAAGGCGGCGGGCGGCGGCCGCGAUGUGCUGGAUGGGACCAAGUUUGACCGGCUGGUGGGGAUGUUGAACGGCAUCCUUACAGAGCUGGGGCUGCCGCAGGACGUGUGUGCCGACCUGCUGACCAAUGUGGAGUCGGCCCGCACCGCCAUCUUUACGCCCAGCCCCGGCGAGGGCGACGGCAGCGCCUCCUUCGCCACCCCCACUCCCACCAACACCACCACCACCAACACCAGCAGCGGCAGCAGCAUCUACGAGCGGCUUGGCGGCGAGGAGGUCCUGUGCGACCUGGUGGACAUGUGGGCGGGCAAGCUGGGCUCAGACCCCGCCCUGGCGCACAUCUACUCGGGCGGAGUCGACAUGCCGCGACAGCGAGCCCAUCAACUCGCCUUCCUGCGCCAGGCCUUUGGCGGCAGCGGGGGCGGGGGCGCUUCGCGUCCCGGCUCCGCUGCCUGCCCGGCGCUCGGCGGGACUGCGGGGGCAGCGGGUGGGAUGGUGGGCGCGAUGCGGCUGGAGAUUGCGGCGGCGCACCUGGCGCGCGACAAGGCACUGGCGCCGGCACAGUUUGAGCGCAUCGCGGACCACCUGACAGCUUGCCUGAAGAAGGAGGGCGCCUCCCCCGAGCUGGUGGCGGAGGUCCGGGCCAUGCAGGGCCCCGGGCGCUGCCUGCUGUGGCCCCCGAGCUCGGCCGCUGCGCCCGCCGCCGCCUGCCCCUUCGCCGCCUCUCUGCUCGGCGACGAGGUGCCUCCGCCGCCGCCACAGCCGCCACUGCCGCAGGCGCCGCCGGCUGUCUGCCCCCGCCUGUCGGCGGCGCCCACCAACAUGACGUCGUACGAUGAGCGCGCCCUGGAUGCCAUUGUGUCUGCGACUCCGGGUGAUGCUACUGCCGCAACUGCUGCUGUCGGCAACGGCAGUAGCAACAGUGGGGCAGGGCCGGCGGCCCCGUCCCGCCCGGCCAGCGGCGUUCCCGCCGCAGCUGGCGCCGGCAGCAGCAGCCUCAGCCCCAGCGGCAGCGGCAAGGCCACCGGCGGUGGGCUGACCAAGAGCGACUUUGUCCGCCGCCCUAGUGUCAGCAGCAACACGGGCGGCAGCGCCCGGCCGAGUGCGGACCUCGCUGCAGGUGCAGGCUCGCGCCCAGGCACCGCAUCGACGCACCAGGCGGCGGCGGUAGCAACGGGCGCGGCGGCUGCGGCACCGGUGCCUGUGCGCGGCGCUUCCGUGUCGUCUACAUCUUCGGCUGCUGCGGCGGCGGCGUCCGCGGCCUCCGCCGUCGCCACCGCGCCAGCGACAGGUGCGGUGGCAGCAGACGGCCUGUUUGGUGAGGACGACGAGGAGUUGAUGGCGGCAAUGGAGCGGGCGGCGGGGCUGCAGCAGCCUGAAGCUGCCAUGGCGCGCGCCGGCUCCGUACGUGCUUAAGAGCUCGCUAGCAGAGGGAAAGACUGAUGGAGCGCCUGGUGGCGUUGGCUCCGCAAGGAGUCCAUGCAUGGGGUAGCCAACUUUGUUUCGUGCCGCGUGUUGUGUAUGGUGAAUGUGUACCGAUAUGGCUCGCGCAAUUCGUCGGAUGCAUCAUGAGAAGAACGAAAGCUUCGAAGCUCUGCGAAGGAGUGACCAACCGUCCUUUGGUGGAGGUCGCGUGCUCGCCGUAUGUAUGGAAAGCCUGACUUCGAUUUUAACCUCGAACCAUCGUUGAGUCCUGAUCAUCCUAUUGUACUUACACUCGCAAGAUCGAUCGACAGGUGGCUGGACAAAUCGUGAUUCAUGUGUGUGUGGGCGAGUCACGAGCCGCCGUAAGGGCCGGGGCUGGCUCUUGGAUGGGUGGCUUACGUAAGCGUGGUCAAGUGACUUCAUGGCAGCUAUACUGUGUGUAUGUGCAUGCCAUAUGCGCCGUGGGAAUAGCUCUGGGAGUCUGUUUGGGUGAAGUUGCUUUAUCGUUGGGGGCUUGGACACAAUAGCGGAUGGACAAGUAAGGUAGCGCUGCGUGGCGCGCAGAUGCUUACACCGCCCCGCAUCAGCGACAGCAUUGGGUUGCUGAUGAUUUGGCGGUGUUGGUGUCGACGAGCAAGGGGCAGGCCGUGGGGGCAGGCCCGGUGCAGGAUGCUUUAGACAAGGCAUCCGUGCAAUGCGUGAGUUCCAGCGUUCCAAGUGGCCGUGCCAUACGUGCGCAACAAGUCAUUUUGGUUUGGAUGGGCGUUGAGCCUUACAAGAUACUAUGUACAGUAUGAUACAAUAAACAUCAGGGUGCAAUCAUCGGUUGUUAAUUGCGCCUGAGGAGCACCAGGGCCACCAUAGUCGCUGGGUGUGCGAUGGGACAGGGGUUAGGCAGGUUGGCGAGGUCCCGUAGGGUACACUGACGCCCAUACCCCAAGCAGACGUCAAACAAUUUGCAGCGGCAAUUAAGCAAUUUGCACCAUAGUCGCUGGGUGCUAGCCAGGGGUGCUGCUCCUGGCCGAGGACGGACAAGUUUAAGCAAUGGGUGCUAGCAUGG